UUUUACUUUAAUUAAAUUAAAUUUAAAAAAUAAAUUUGUCAUUUAUGUUUAGUAUUAAUUUAUGUAAUUAUUCUUUGUUGUAUAUUAUUGUACAUUAUUCUCCAUAAUUUUGUUGAUUCGUGUUAGAAAAACAGCAUGAAUUCACAUAUAAAUUGUAUUAUAGCCUUUUAACAUGUUGAUUAUUAAUGCCAAUAAAAAUAGGCGUGGAAAUAAAGCCAAUUAGAGGCAUAACUCGUUUCAGCGUUAGCACCCUUUCAGUUGCUAAUAAGUACUUAUGGUUUGGCUUAAAUGAUGGAAAUAUAAUGAAAUUUUCUCAUGAAGAUGAAUAUAACAAUACAGAAUCGCCUAGAAUCGGUGGAAUCAUACCUGAAUAUACGCUACUGAGAACGAAAAGUCCAGGAUCGGAGGUUCGUAAUUUAUACGUAGACUCAAAGUCAUUUCACUGUCUGGUAUGUUUAACAUCUGGAGACCACUACUACUCUAAUUUUCAAAGCACGGAGUUGUAUUUUAUGAGGCCUUUACAAAGAGUGUUCAUAAGAUCUCUGGCAUUCACUGAACUGACUUCUGAGAAUCACACUGAUUCUUUCUUGAUAGGAACACAGCAAGGCUCAUUAAUAGAGGGCAGAAUUGAUUACUCAAAGCCUCAGUACUAUUUUAAAUCCCUACAUGUCAUCCCUGGUUCUGAACCUAUUCUAAGUACCCAGUUGAUUCCUAUACUAUAUAAGAACAGCCGCACAUUUCUCGUUGUAGCCGUAACAACAAAAAGGCUUUAUGAAUUUUUUGGUGGAUUAACUAUCCAGGAUACCUUUUCAAUAUAUUCACCGAACACUUCUAAUUCUACAGGUGAAAGUAAUACUGCUAUCAAUAAUAAGAAUGGGAAUACGGGAUUAAGAUAUGAAGUGCCUUUAGCAGCACCUUAUGGAGAAUUACUGGUAGUUGAAAAAGAUGACGGUAGCCACACAUUGUUUUGGACAAACGCAACUGGGAUUGUGUUUUCAAGUGUUCCAAGAAAGGUGAACGAGAACCAAACAUCCUGUUUGGAGUUCCCUCCCAACAUCAUAAGUUAUCCAACAGGGUUCAGAUAUUUGACGUUUUCAAGUAGCACCAAAAACUUCAAGCACCAUGAUAAUAAGAAGAAUUUCCUACACAAACCGCCGGAACAAAUUCCAAAAAGUGCUAUAGCUCUGAAUAACCACCUACUUCUCCUCUUUGACGAGAUCAUUAUUGUUAUUAACACCAUAAUUAAACAGCAGGUGGCUUCGUUUUCACUCCCAUACGGUACCUACGGUGAGAUGAAGAAGUUGGUCAAGGAUCAAUUAUCAGGUUUGGUUUGCCUGUUAUCAUCAGAUGCCCUAUACGAAAUUGUAAUUCAGAAGGAAUCUGACGACUCCUGGCAUUACCAUAUGCUCAAAGGUGAUAUGAAGAGUGCACUGGAACAUUGUAAGACAUCAGCUCAGAGAGAUCAGGUUUCAUUUAAGGCAGCUUUAGAUUACUUUGAAAAGGGGAUGUUUGAAGAAUCUGCAAGGAUGUAUGCUGAGUUAGAAAAUCAAUAUUCUGAAAUAGAGAAUGUAUUUUUAAAAUUUAAUAGACCAGAACACGAAUAUGGGUUGAUUGAAUAUAUAACCAGGCUACUUCAGAAAAUGGACAUUAACAAGGCAUUUCCAAAGUUUAUAAUAUUAACCAUCUGGUUGGUGGAGCUUAUAUCAUUCAAAUUUAAGGACCUGUCACUCACAAUUGAAGCGGGAAUUGAGCAAGGAAAGGAUGUAGAGGGUUUGAAGACUCUCUACAACUCAUUGAAACAGAAAUUUUCAAGGCUAAUAAUUUCAGUAAAGGAUAUAGAUGAGCUUGUGGCACCCAUAAACUUCAUACUUCAGACUACAGGAUGUAUUGAAGAGUGCAUAGAAUACGCAAAACUAAGGAAUGAUACUUCCACUGUUAUCUGUCACCACAUAACAAAUGGGAAUAACACAAAAGCUUUGACUGAGCUGUCACAAAUGCCUCCAUCUGAGAAAAGAGACUCCCUUUUCCUUAGAUUUGCACCUUUAAUAUUCAUGGAUAGUUGUGAAUCCUUUGCAAAGGUCCAGUUCCAAUCACUACCUCAUAACUAUUUAAUCCCAAUACUAACACUGCCAACAGUUUUGCCAAAUCCCAACUAUUUAGAUAGUUCACUGAGGAUUUUAAGGAGAAUACUCUCACAGCCAAAUGAGAUGGAUACAUUUUCAAAGUCGUUGCUCUGGUCGAUUUACAUUGUUCUUCUCACAUUUCUCCCAACUGAGGAUAACCUAUUACAGGUCUUAUCCCAAGCCAACGUUGAUUUCACAAAAUUAGACCUCUCAAUCCCACUUAGAUAUUUGAAGCUUAAAUCAUAUAAUUCCACUCCUCUAGAUUCUAAUAAUGCAGUUAAACUAAAUGACGUAAAUCACACUAAUCAUGUGAAUGAUCUAAAUCACACCCGUUGGAUGGUGCCGUUCAUCCACCUCUUGAGUUUGUGUGGCAUGGUGGACGACGCACUUGACUUGUCACUUAAGAUAAAUGAUCUUAUUCUAGCUCAGAAAUGCGCAAUGAAGCCUCAAAACGAUUUCGAUAAGAGGAAACUCUGGCUUAAAAUCCUAAAACACUCCUCAGUAAAUAAACCGAAAAAUAUCACCAGUUUGCUCAACGACUCUAAAGGCUUUAUACAGAUUAACGACCUACUGGAUUAUCUACAUAAAGAUAUCAGUUUAUGUGAUUUGAAGGGAGUAAUUGAUGAGUUUCUACUACAGUAUGAGGAUAACAUCCAGGAAAGAAGACAGGAAAUUGAAAAUCUAUGCAACUAUAUUGAGGAAACUAAAUCAGAUAUUCAACUAGCCUCAAAAAGAUUUGUGAAUGUGUCAAUAAGUGAGGAGUGUAGUGUGUGUAGUCAGUCUUCAUUUCUGAAAAACUUCAUUGUUUUCCCGUGUGGGCACGUGUUUCACCGCGGAUGCAUAGCAAAAAUUCUAUAUACUUUGCUAAAAGGGAAAGAACUUUCAGAGUUUGAGAGUAUUAAGGGCAGGUUCGACGAAUUUGGCGAUGGCAAAUCUGAGUCCGAUUACGUCGAUUACCUUUCAAGGGCGUGUUUACUUUGUGGUUAUCCUAUCCUCCUCUUGGCAUCACAACCGUUUAUAACUAACUCUGAUAUAGAAGAGUUGGAAAAAUGGACCAUACAAUAAUGUACUAUAUAUUCUUUA